AUGAAAAUGGGCCUAUUAGGUGCAGAGGCUGAUGAGAACCAGACAGUGGAAGAAAUGCAAGUGGAGCAGUUCGGUCCAGGGCACACCACUCCUAGAGGGGAACUGGCCCCUAACUCUGAGCCGGAGCUUAUAGACAGCACCAAGCUGAUUGAGGUACAGAUCGUCCUUAUAUUGGCCUAUUGCUCCAUCAUCUUGCUUGGGGUGAUUGGCAAUUCCUUGGUGAUCCAUGUGGUCAUCAAAUUCAAGAGCAUGCGUACAGUAACCAACUUUUUUAUUGCCAAUCUUGCUGUGGCGGAUCUUCUGGUGAACACCCUGUGCUUGCCAUUUACACUUACUUACACCUUAAUGGGGGAAUGGAAAAUGGGUCCUGUCCUAUGCCACUUGGUGCCCUAUGCCCAGGGCCUGGCGGUACAAGUGUCCACCAUCACCUUGAUAGUAAUUGCCCUGGACCGGCAUCGUUGCAUUGUCUACCACCUGGAGAGCAAGAUUUCAAAGCGAAUCAGCUUCUUGAUUAUUGGCUUGGCUUGGGGAAUCAGUGCCCUUCUAGCAAGCCCCCUGGCCAUCUUCCGGGAGUAUUCACUGAUUGAGAUUAUUCCUGACUUUGAGAUUGUGGCCUGUACUGAGAAGUGGCCUGGUGAGGAGAAGAGCAUCUAUGGCACUGUCUAUAGUCUUUCCUCCUUAUUAAUUCUGUAUGUUUUGCCUCUGGGCAUCAUCUCUUCUUCCUAUACUCGUAUCUGGAGUAAACUUAAGAACCAUGUCACCCCUGGAGCUGCUAAUGACCACUACCAUCAGCGGAGGCAAAAAACCACCAAAAUGCUGGUGUGUGUGGUGGUGGUAUUUGCAGUCAGCUGGUUGCCGCUCCAUGCCUUCCAACUUGCUGUCGACAUUGACAACCAAGUCUUGGACCUGAAGGAGUACAAACUCAUCUUCACUGUGUUCCAUAUCAUUGCCAUGUGCUCCACCUUUGCCAACCCCCUUCUCUAUGGCUGGAUGAACAGCAACUACAGAAAGGCUUUCCUCUCAGCCUUCCGCUGUGAGCAGAGGUUAGACGCCAUUCACUCGGAGGUAUCUGUGACAUUCAAGGCUAAAAAGAACCUGGAAACCACAGAGAACAAUGGGCCCAAUGAUUCUUUCACAGAGGCUACCAACGUCUAA